ACACACACACCACCAGCAGCCUGAUUCUGAGCUGCCCAUCAAGUGUGGGGGUAAGGAGAGAGAUGGGGACAGUUGGCUGUCUCCAGCCUGCACACCACUGAUUAGAAAGGACUUCUUUCAAGCACCUGGGACCCAGCCCCAUUCAGGGUCCACCACAGCCUUGCCCCCAGGGAAGGGAGGGCACUCCUGAGCCCCAGCUGCUCAGAGAGAGCCCUGCCCCCUUCCUGGCCUCCAACAUGACCUCAACUUGCUGGUUCUCCUUUCAUGCCUUGGUAUAAAUAUUGAAGCUCCCGGUCAGGCCCUGGGCUGAGGGCGGGGGACUCAGAGAUAGAGUCCCUGCCACCAGAGGCUGUGGUCAGAGAACCGAUAUUACAACACCGGUGACUGCAAGUAGGGGGCACCUGAGCCACUUCUUGGAAGCUCUCUCCACUGACUUCAGCCCUCAGGCUCCUGGCUGCAGUACCACUGCCCCCUGCUGCUCUGCGCCUGACUCGACUAGUUGAAGGCCCCUGCAAUGUCACCACCCCUGAAUCCCCUCCUCCUCCUGGCCUUGGGCCUGAGACUGGUGGGAUCCCUCAGCCCCAACGACCCCAAUGUGUGCAUCUUCUGGGAAAGCUUUACCACCACCACCAAGGAGUCCCACUCGCGCCCCUUUAGCCUGCUUCCCUCCGAGCCCUGUGGUCGGUCCUGGGAGGGCCCCCACGUCUGCCCGCGGCCCACGGUCGUCUACCGGACCGUGUACCGCCAGGUGGUGAAGACCCAGCACCGCCAGCGCCUGCAGUGCUGCCGGGGCUUCUACCAAAGCAGCGAGACCUGUGUCCCGCUGUGUCUCCGGGAGUGUGUCCACGGCCGCUGUGUGGCGCCCAACCAGUGCCAGUGUGUGGAGGGCUGGCGGGGCGAGGACUGCUCCAGCGAGUGUGGCCCGGGAGUGUGGGGGCCGGAGUGUGAAAAGCCCUGCAGCUGUGGCAACAGCAGUUCCUGUGACCCCAAGAAUGGGGUGUGUACCUGCCCCUCUGGCCUGCAGCCCCCCAACUGCCGCCACCCGUGCCCUCCUGGUCUCUAUGGUCCUGCCUGCCAGUUCAGCUGUCAAUGCCAUGAGGCACCCUGUGACCCCCAGACGGGAGCCUGCCGCUGCCCCCCAGAGAAAACUGGGCCCACCUGUGAGAGGCCCUGUUUCCCAAGCACUGUCGGUGUCUGCCCCAACACCUGUCAUUGCCACAAUGGGGGUGUCUGCCAGGGCCCCCAGAGCUCCUGCAGUUGCCCACCUGGCUGGAUGCUGGACCACUGCCUCUGCCUGCACGGCGGCGUCUGCCGGGCCGACAGCGGCCUCUGCCGGUGCGCGCCGGGCUACACGGGCCAGCACUGCGAUAGCCUGUGUCCCCCUGACACUUUCGGGGUCAACUGCUCUGCACGCUGCUCCUGCGAAAACGCCAUCUCCUGCUCCCCCAUCGAUGGCACCUGUGUCUGCAAGGAAGGUUGGCAGCGUGGUAACUGCUCUGUGCCCUGCCCACCGGGAACCUGGGGCUUUGGUUGCAAUGUCAGCUGCCAGUGUGCCCAUGGGGCAGCCUGCAGCCCCCAAACUGGAGCCUGCACCUGUACUCCUGGGUGGCAUGGGAUCCACUGCCAGCUGCCUUGCCCGAAGGGGCAGUUUGGUGAAGGCUGUGCCAGCCGCUGUGACUGUGACUAUGCUGAUGGCUGUGACCCCAUUGACGGACACUGCCGGUGCCAGGCUGGUUGGACGGGCGUCCGCUGCAGCCUGCCUUGCCCUCAGGGCUUCUGGGGGACCAACUGCAGCCACACCUGCACCUGCAAGAACGGGGGCACCUGCAUCCCUGAGAAUGGCAACUGUGUGUGUGUCCCCGGCUUCCGAGGCCCUUCCUGCCAGAGACCCUGUCAGCCGGGCCGCUAUGGCAAACGCUGUGUGCCCUGCAAGUGUGCCAACCACUCCUCCUGCCACCCUUCGGACGGGACCUGCUACUGCCUGGCUGGUUGGACAGGCCCCGACUGCUCCCGGCCAUGCCCUCCAGGAUCCUGGGGGUCCAACUGCGCCCAGCUCUGCCAGUGUCGCAACGGUGGGACCUGCCACCCCCAGGAUGGGGGCUGUCUCUGCCCUCCAGGCUGGACUGGGCACCUCUGUCUAGAAGGCUGCCCUCCAGGAGUAUUUGGCACCAACUGCUCCCAGCCGUGCCAGUGUGGGCCCGGGGAGAGGUGCCACCCGGAGACCGGAGCCUGUGUGUGUCCCCCAGGACACAGCGGUGCCCCCUGCAGGAUCGGCAGCCAGGAGCCCUUCACGAUGAUGCCUACCACGCCAGUGGUCUAUAACUCGCUGGGGGCGGUGAUUGGCAUUGCUGUGCUGGGGUCACUGGUGGUGGCACUUGUGGCCCUGUUCAUCGGCUACCGCCACUGGCAGAAAGGCAAGGAACACCAACACCUGGCCGUGGCCUACAGCAGCGGACAGCUGGAUGGCUCGGAGUAUGUCAUGCCAGAUGUCCCCCCGAGCUACAGUCACUACUACUCCAACCCCAGCUACCACACCCUGUCCCAGUGCUCUCCUCGCCGCCCGCCCCCAAACAAGGCUCCAGGCACUCAGCUCUUUGCCAGCCUCCCUGAGCGGCCAGGAGGAGCCCAUGGGCACGAUAACCAUGCCACCCUGCCUGCUGACUGGAAGCACCACCGGGAGCCCCCAGCAGGGUCUCUGGACAGGGGUAGCAAUCACUUGGACCGAAGCUACAGCUACACAUACAGCAAUGGUAAUGGCCUUGGCUAGUUCCCCAGUAAAAGGCCCAUCUCUGAGGAGGGCCUGGGGGCCAGUGUGGCUUCCCUGAGCAGCGAGAACCCCUAUGCUACCAUCCGGGACCUCCCCUGCCUGCCAGGGGGUCCCCGAGAGAGCAGCUACGUGGAGAUGAAAGCGCCCCCCUCAGGCUCUCCUCCCAGGCAGCCACCUCAGCUCCGGGACAGCCAGAGACGGCGACAGCCCCAGCCCCAGAGAGACAGCGGCACCUACGAACAGCCCAGCCCACUAGUCCAUGACCCAGACUCUUUGAGAUCCCAGCCUCCCUUGCCGCCCGGACUGCCCCCUGGCCACUACGACUCACCCAAGAACAGCCACAUCCCAGGACACUAUGAUUUGCCACCAGUCCGGCAUCCCCCAUCACCCCCACGUCGGCGCCAGGACCGUUGAGGAGCCAAGAUGGUGUGGGAGAAGUCAGCACCCCGGCCCUCUGUUCCCCAAGACCGGGGAGAGAGCCUGGUGGACUGGUGCCAGGAGCAGGGGGAGGAGCGGAGGCCGCGGAUGUGAACACGUUUAGUGGAGGACGUGAACAGAGAGGAUGAAAGCCCAGCUUCUAGUGUGGGAGACAUUGGGCGGCAGCACCCCUGGGUCAGCCCACUGCUCCCCCAACUCCAGGACCUGUAGGCAUAAACUGCUGAGAUGAACGAGGCCGGUGACCCAGACACAAAUGGGACUCUGCAGGCCGGGUGCCUGCCUGACUCAGUCUGUCUAUAUGGGGCUGCAGAGGGGUGCCAGCCACAGGUUCUCUCUUAGGGUACUCGUCAUUGAGUGGGGAGGCAGCCCAAGCCCAGUCAUUCUAGCAAUAGCCGCCUAAGUGGUCUCCCAGCACCCACCCACUUGGUAUCUCGUCCAGUGAACUGUUCCAAAUGCAAAUGCGAGGUGACACUGUCCCCAGAUCUUCAUUGAGGUCCCCUUGGGCCAGAGUGAAAUGUUAGCCCAGCCAUAAAGGCCCUAUCUGCCUCCCCAGCCUCUCCGUGAAAUGGGCUCCCUGUCACUGCCAAGCCAAGGCCAGUCACACGGGCGGGCCUCCAGGUUCUCCUAGUUCUCACACUUCUUCCUGACAUAGGGACUUGGCACUUCUGGAAAGUUCUUCCUCCCCCCAAACACCUCGUGACUCUUCCUCCUCCAUACCUUUCUGUAGUGUGAGCUCCCCAAAGGCAGGAAUCCUGGGUUUAUGCUCAACAUCGGUUCCCCCUGGGCUCAUAGUAGGCGCUCAAUAAAUGUUCUCCAAAAGGCA